AUGAAAUUGGUGGUGCUUGUCGCCCUCGGGCUAACUUUGCUGUUAGGAGCCCAAGCCAUGCCUUCGAGUCGCCUUUCCUGCUACAGAAAGAUGCUGAAAGACCGUAACUGUCACAGCCUUCCAGAAGGCAGAGCCGACCUGACGCUGAUCGACCCGAACGUCCAGCAUCAUUUCUGGCAUGGGAAGGGAUGCGAGAUGAUCUGUUACUGCAAUUUCAGCGAACUGCUCUGCUGCCCAAAGGAUGUCUUCUUCGGACCAAGGAUCUCCUUUGUGAUCCCCUGCAACAGUCCCUGAGGAUCUGCAUGCGUUCUGGAGAAGGCAGUCCCUAAUUUCCCACAAACUGC